AUGCCAUGCAACCAUGACGACAAGUCGUUUAUUCACGACUCAGCGACUCAGGAAGCUAUCACAAAGCUGAUAGAAGACUUUAUUCCAGCACCGCUUCUUCAACACGUCAACAAAUCGAAAGUCAGCCCUGUAGUAAUACAUAAUGGAGUAAUAAAUGUUCCCACUGUGUUGAAAAAUUUGCUUGAAAACUCGAAUAAUCAACUCAGAAUGUACGGGAACUCACACGAUUUGUUGGGACAUCUGCUGACAUAUACAAAGUUUUCAUUGAAACACAAAAAGUUCGGUAUCCCACGAAACUAUUUGGAGUAUAAAGAAGAGGUGACAAAGUAUGAUAGUUCGAAAGGAGGAUUAUUCAUUUGUAAGCAAGAUUUUAUUCUUCAUCUUCAUGCAAGAGUAAAUUUGAAGUAUGAAGAGCAUAAUCGUACACCAUCUCCAACACUAGUGGAAUUUAUGACAAAGAAUGAAGACCACCUCGAAAAUAGUUAUGAAUUUGGCCGUUACGAUGUAAAAAUGUACGAUGAAAUGAAAGAGACUAUUGAAAAAAUGGUGAAAAAUACAUGGGGCACUCGGAGUCUGGAUACUGAAAUUCUUCGAAAGUUCAUUGACGCUCAUCCAAAAUACUUCUUGACCAACUCCGAGCAGAACUCUCAAGAUAUUCCAACUGUGGCCAGAAUCUUCAAGGACGGUCCACACUCUUUCAUUAUGUUGGCAGAAAUUGAAAAAGAUGAGGAAACCAAGGAAAUGACGAAAAUCUGCACUGAUAUUGACCGCAUUGAAACUAUUGAAGAAAAGAAAGCGUAUGAUAAAAACUUAGACAUCGAUUUCAUCUGUGUUCCAAUUCAAAGAGCCAAACAUGCCGCAGUUCCCAUUGUGACACCAGCUGGUUCUCAUUGCAUUCUGAUAUCAGAUUGCAUCCUUGAACUUCUUCGUCGCUUAAUUUCAGUACUGAGAAUUUUCCAGACUUUCAAUAAACAAACAUCGAAAAAGCUCGACGAAGUCAUGGAUUCAUUGAAACCGAUAAUAAACUCUGAGGAGACUUCAGUAUAUUUUGUUGAGACGAAGUUUCUCGACGACAAGAAAAAGUGGCUUGAUCUUCAUUUCUCUGAAAUCAAAAGAAGUAAAUUGGUCAGAGACGUCGGACAGUUCGGAUUCACUUUGGACUUUUUGAGAAAAGAAUUGGAACUUCUGAGAUUAACAAAUGCGUUUCCGGAUAUCAUGGAUCACACAAAACGAGUUUACGAUAUGGUUUUCAAACAACGAGAAGGCCAAUUUUUGAGAACUUGUGAUCUGAUUGAUGCAGUCGACCAAUGUCAACUCGCUUGUUUGUUGAACAAGUUUCCUAGACUGAAAGAGUUCCUGCACAACCAAAAAGCAUGUCAUCGAAUCGCCUAUUUGGAUUGCGAGAAAUGUCUAGCUUCCACUCCGGGAAAAGUACCUACCGUAGAUGAGAAAAACGACUGGAGAGUGUAUCAGUAUAACGAUGUGAGAAUUCGAUAUCCGAAAUGUGGAAUCCCACAGUCUAUUGAGGCGUUAAUGGACCUGCCUUCUGGAACAUCUGUGGUUUCAAAUCUUGACAUUUUACCAAAGGAACAGCACACACAAACUCAUACAAAAUACUUUUUGUUUGAUUUGAAUGAUGUGAACGAGUUGCCGAAAAAUAAACUUUAUGAGUCAUUGUUGAGUCAUGCUAAAUUUUUGAAAAACCUUCCAAACAAAAAAGUCUACAUUCGUACGAUUCCCGUUGAGACUAUUCCUCAUGUAUUCCGUUCGGAAAGUUUCGAGAUACUUUUAAUUCUUUCAAAACAACAAAAUAUUCCUCUACCUGAACAUAUCGUCCGACAAGCUGAAGCCGAUAUGAAAGGGAACUUUGGCUCCGAUCAAGAUUAUUUGAGCAGCCUGUAUCCGUUGGAGAAAUUCUUAGAGAAUUUAGAAGAUUUCGGUAUCGACAAACAAUCGGCUACAAUUAUUCCUGACAUCCUCUACAAAUGUUCAAAAAACCGAAUGAGUGAAGAAAAUGGAGAGAAUUUUAUCAGUGUAUUCAAUCCAGAUGGCAAGAAAGUAAUGAGUUGCGGACAAGCCGUUUUCAACGUUUUCCAAUCUCUAGUCUGUCGAAUGAAGUUUCGAUUCAGAGACCCAUGUAUGUUUCAUAAAGACUGUCUGAAACAUUAUGAGAAAAAAGUUAUCGAUAUUAUGCAGAUGUUGGGAAACAAUGAUGAGACGACCUUCGUACAUGUUGCGCAUAUUGAAGAUUCGAUUAACACGAUGCGGUCCCAUUGUAACUAUGUGACUCAAAGUCGUUUCCGACUUCUAGAUCAUCGACUGCUUAACAUGUUGCCAACUGAUCAGAUACCUGCUGAAUAUUAUUAUUUUCUUGCCGAAAUGUUUGGGCUGCCGAAGCAAGUUGCCAAUUUCCCGAGUGCAGGAUCGGAAACAAACGUUUGGAUUUACAAUCUCAUGUAUAUAGUCGGUUGGGCGGAGGUUGUGUUUGAUAAACCAGGAUUGGAGCAUCUUAGUUUAUUAGUUCGUAAAACAGCUGUUCAUAUUAUUCCCGAAGAAUUGAUAGAAAAGGAGUAUGACUUAAUUAAGAAAAUUCUGAACUUGUCCGUACUUCCGAAAAUCUAUUCGGCAAAUUCCGAUUCAAAGAAUAACGAUGAUAUGACGUCUGUUGAUGUGAAAAAAGAAAAUAAUUAUUCUAAAAACGUGGUUUCUGCCGAAGAAGAAUCGAAUGAUUCGGGAGCUCCCGAAGUGGAUGGUGAUGGUAUCAAAAAACAGGAGAGCUGUCCUAAAUGUUUGGAUAAUGAAAAGUUAUGUGAAGAAAUUCGAACACGGAUGGAGACUUUAGUAAAUGAGCAUAAGAUUAAUCUACAAAAGACGGCUGAAGCAGGACAGAGUUUGGAGCAUUUCAAGAGAGAAAAGGAGAUAUUUGACAAGAAGAACACUUUGGAAAUGCAGAAACUGACUGAGAAGUAUGAGAAGAAGGUGUUGAGAUGUGAUGAACUGGAGCUGGAAAUGAAGAAGAUGGAGGAUAACAAUCGGGAGGAAAAUCAGAAGCUAGUGGAAAAGGUCGAGAGUAAAGAAAAUCAGGUGAAUGAGUUGGAGAGAAAAAUGAAGAAGAUGGAGAGAGAUCUGAAAGGAAAUGAGAAGAAAAUUAAGUUUUUGGAAAAGAAGUUGACAGAUAAGGAUAAGGAAUUGGAUCAAUUAAAGACGGGUAAAUCGAAAUUAGCGAUGGAGAAAAAUAGAACAAUUGAGAACCUGAAACGAGAAGUCACCGACUCUGCCGAAAAACUAAAACAAUUAGAAUUGGCUAUGUCAACUCUCCAAGUCAGUGAAGCCAAGGCGAGGGAAGUUAACAAUGAACUCAAUCAAAAACUCACCCAGGACUUUCUUCGCUUCGAGGAGAUCGAGAAAGAAAUUUCAGAGAAAAAUCAAACAAUUGAGAAGCUGGAAAAAGCAAGAAUGGAAUCUUCUUUAGACAAUGAGAAGUCUAAAAAAGAAAUUCAAAACACUAUUUCUAUAUUCGAGCAACAACUUCAGACACUACAUCGAAUGACCGGAUCCUCAUCAGAGGAGGAUCCUUAUUCACCUCAGAUUCCGAGCCGAGAAGAGUCAGAAGGCUUCAGAGCUCAACUUUGGAAGCUACAGAAAAUAAAAGAGUCGAUGGAUAGAGGAGAUGAAAUUGAACAAGCAAAAGAAAUGAUGAGGAAAAUGAUUUCCCUCUCCGAAAAUCCCGAAAUAGACCUGUUCGCUGCUUACGAAUUUCAACAGUAUGAGGGGAAAAUUCAAAACUAUACGCAGUUAGUGGAGGUGAAUAUUCAGAAAUUGAAGAAAACCCGCGAAGUCUCCGAGCUCUCUCCUCUUCCGGACUUCCCUGCAUUUUCAGACAAAUUCGUGUCAGAGCUUUGGUUGGGAAUCAAGAAAAAGCAGGAAAUCGAAAUAAAGAAACGAGAAGAAAUUGAAGUGAGAGAUUCAGAAUGUUAUUUUUGUGCUGAGGAAAUGAAACAAGAUGAAAAAACACUUCAGUGUGAGCAUUGUAAGAAAGUGACUCAUCACAAGUGUGCAGCGACAUGGCUCAAAAUCCAUCGUUCAUGUGCACAUUGUCGUCAGAAUCAGCUCGACCCGAUGGAAUUUCCAACUCUCUAA